AUGUAUGAGGAGUUCGUUCACUGGAAACAGGGAAUCACUAUGGUGGUAGAAUACCACAACAGAUUCCUAGAACUAUCUCGUUUCGCAUAUGUGUUAGUACCUACGAAGGCAACUAAGGUAGAGAAAUUCAUUGAUGGGCUCAACUUUGAGGCUAGGAAAGCCUUAACCGUAAGCAAACCAAGGACCCUCAACGAAGCCUAUACCAGCUUUACAGAUCUCUACCGGAUCCAACUGUUGCAACAGGGAGUCCAAGAACAUGUGAGGAGGAGGAAUGACGAAAGUGGAGGCCCUAACCCCAAAAGAGCAAAGAGUGAUUCCAACAUAAAGACGACAUAUCGGCAGGCCCAAGACCCGCCUAGAGGAAACAACGAAGGCAAGGGAAGGUACUUCCUGUGCAAGAGAUGUGUCAAGGACCACCCAGAGAAGGAUUGCCAAGGGAACGCCGUGGUGUGCUACAAUUGUGGGGGGAAAGGCCAUAGUUCCUUUGAGUGUAACCAACCCGCACGUGCAACACCACCGGCCACCGGGCAACAAGAAAAUACGAACAACCGAGGGGGCUACGGAGCACCCGGGGAAGUAUUUAUCAUGAGCUGCACUCAAGCCGAUGCCGAAGCCGGAUUCGGAACCGAAGUCGAGGACGACACCGAAGCCAUAGCCUUAGGAGACGAGGACCAUACAGGUAACCCUUUUAAUCAAUCCUCGCUGCCAAAGAACUUUUACCUUGUGCAGUUCUUUGAUUCUUCUUAUUUUGAGUAG